AUGGCGGCCCCCGUGAGGAAGCUAUUGUACGGCGCUGCGCGGGGCUUGGGGAGGUCGUGGCGCCCGCGGACCCUGUGUGCCGCAGCCGCCGCCGCCGCCUCCGGCAGGAUUGCAGCCUCUUCGAGCGGCGGGUCUCCGUGGCGCCUGCUGGGGGCCUUGUGCCUGCAGAGGCCUCCGAUCGUGUCCCAGCCUCUGACCCCUCUGCAGGUGGAGAUGGCUGAGCUGCUGCGGCAGAUUGAGGUGGAAAAAAGCCGAUAUUCAGACCAUGAGAUUCGUGCUUUGGAAGAGACACGGAGACUAGAAAGGAAGAAAGCUGACAUUUAUGACUCUGAUGAUGAUGAUGAUGAUAAAGACAUUUUGUUGGCACAAGAUUUGGAAGACACAUGGGAGCAAACAUUCUUGCAGUUCAAACCUCAACCUCGGGUAACAGAAGCUGAUCAAAAAAAUGAUCGAACCUCAUUGCACAGAAAAUUAGACCAAAACCUGGUACUGUUAGUCAAGGAAAAACUGGGAGAUCAGGAAACGUGGAUACUACCACAUGCAGAGUGGCAGGCUGGGGAGACCCUUCGUGGAACUGCCGAGCGGGCCCUUGCCACUCUCUCACAAAAUAGCGUGGAAGCCAAAUUCCUAGGAAAUGCGCCCUGUGGAUAUUACAAGUUUAAGUUUCCUCAGGCUUUUCGGACAGAGAACAGCAUAGGAGCUAAAGUGUUUUUUUUCAAAGCUUUACUACAAAGUGGAAAUCUCUCCCAAGCCAAGAAGAAGGAAGACUAUGUUUGGGUCAGCAAGGAGGAGCUGGGUGACUACUUGAAACCAAAAUACCUGGCACAGGUUAGGAGAUUUUUUAUGGACAUCUGAUGGACACAGUUGUCCUUGGGACAGACAUUUGGACUGUGGGCAAGAGGACAUGUGACUAUAUUGACACGUGUGGAUCGUCGUGAAAUAAGCUUAGCAUUGACAAAUAAACCAGUUUCUUACUUUUGUCUCAGCUUA